CAAACUUUUUUUUUUUUUUUUUGGUUCAUUGCCUAUAUAAAGGCGCCGGCUUUUCCAAGCCCACAUCACCGCCGAAAACAAACAUUUGCCUCUUUUUUUUUAUUCAUCUACUUUCCAUUUUUACUACAAUUUAUCACUAAUUGAACUGAUCUCUUGUUCACCAAUAUGCGUAAUAUCCCGGAUAUCUUACUACUCGUCUCCAGCAUUCUUAAUUCCGCUUCGUUCCUUACAUCGCCACCUACCGCGCCACAGGAUAUCAGUGAUCCUUCAUUACCUGGACAACCUUCCGAUUCGUCCCAUUCAUUACACCCACCACAACCUUUGCCAUCGUUGGAUGGAUUUAAUCCUACAAAAUCCCAUUUAACCGGACGUUUUAUUCAAGUAACAGAUUUCCAUUUGGAUCCGACUUAUCUGGAAGGCUCCGACCCAUCUGAGCUUUGCCACAGAAAAUCAAGUUAUGCUGGCACAGUCGCUGGAAAAUUUGGAGUUCUCGGUUCAAAAUGUGAUUCCCCUGUCGUACUGGUCGAAUCAGCGUUUCAAUUUAUGAAAAAAAAUUUAUCUGAUGUUGAUUUCAUCAUGUAUACUGGUGAUUCCGCCCGCCAUGAUCGAGAUAAAAGCGUGCAGCCACGCACUGCCGACGACGAACUGCAAGAUCAGCGCGCCAUUGUAAAUUAUUUCACCAAGACAUUUGACUUCUCGCGCAUCAAAAUUUUUCCCACCAUUGGCAAUAAUGAUGUAUACGACAAUAACAUUGUAGAAUGGAAAGAUCCGCAAUUCGGCAAAGUCAAAGAUCUUUGGAAACCUUUCGGCUUGAACCUGACCCAAGACUUCAACGAUUUUGGCUAUUUCGUGCAAGACAUUGUCAAAGGCAAAUUACGUGCCGUCAGCGUCAAUACAAUGGGUUUCCUCAAGAAGAACAAAAAUGUCAGUGAUUGCGAUGAUCCUAAAAGUCCCGGCGCUUUGCAUCUUCAAUGGUUAACCCAGGUGUUGGAAGAUGCCCGUCGUCAAAAUAUCAAGACAUACAUCAUUGCUCAUGUACCACCAAACGGUAAAAAGGACCAGCCGCUGUUUCGCGACGUAUGUUACACCGAGUAUUACAAGCUGCUAGGAACCUAUGCCGAUACAAUUUUGGGCCAUUUUGCAGGUCACUUCAACAAUGAUAUGUUAACGGCAGUUCUACGGCAACAAACUGAUUACGUACAUGCAGCAGCUGUCGGUUCCACAAGCACAUUGGCUACCAAUGAAGUGGAAUUCAAUAACUUUGUCACUGGUCUUUUCAAUGCACCUUCUGUGGUUCCUGUGAAUAAUCCGGCUAUCCGAGUCUACGAAUAUGAAACCAAGGGCGGCAAAUACCCUGUUGGUACCAUCCGUGAUUGGUAUCAGUAUUAUGCGGAUAUCAAUGAAGCCAACCAGAGCGGACAAUUGACUUUUAGACUGGAAUAUCAAGCUUCCAAACUGUUUGGUGUCGAUCACUUUGACGGUGAUGGCCUCAAGGCUGUGUUUUUGAAAUUAACACAAGACCAGAUUGCACAGCAAGAUUACAACAAGUUCGUCACAGUCAGCUCCGAGGGUGAAGUAGAUGACGAUGAAGACGACUAAAUACGUUGGAUUUUCAUAUGUUCUUCCAUUUUAUUAUACCUUUCUUGCAUACCUUGUACUGUACAUUUGCUGUUCUAUAGGAAAAUUGAAGAUCGAACCAUAAACGAUCAUUCACGCCGUCCAUGGAUUCUCAUUUUUUACUGUCGCUGUUAUUCUUUCUUUUUUACCGGAUUUAUUUUUGUUUUCUCGGUUUAAAAGCACUGAAAUGAUAAUUUC